AUACACAUUUUCCCUUAGAUUUUCUCUUUCUCUUCUUAUUCUUCAUACUACCAUAACAUUGCAUGCAAUGGAGCUUCAACUUGGUCUUGCUCUCUCAACCAAUCAAUCUCAAUCACUUGACCUCAAUUCUCAUGCCUAUGAUUCUAUCUUUCAUGUCCAUCAAAAUAAUUCCAAUAAAAAACGUACCUUCUUCCAACUCUUUGAUCUUGCACCACAAACUCUCCACACCGACCUUGUACUUCCCACGCUGUCUCUCCUUCCUUUGACGCCAAGCCACCAUCAAGAUGAUCAUGAUCAACAUAGUCAAUGCUCUAGCAUCACCAAAAAGGAUGAAGAGGAUGCAGAAAAUAUAGUGGGUUGGCCACCGGUAAACUAUUGGAGGAAGAAACUUCGUGUCGACCAUGACGAGGUUGCAGGAAAAAACGAUCACGUGGUAUGGGUUGACCGGUGUCACAGUCAUGGUUCCAAUUCUUCAAAGUCUCUGUACGUGAAGGUGAAGAUGGAGGGUGUGGGAAUUGCGCGGAAGGUAGAUCUUGGCAUGCACCAAUCCUUUGAGAUGCUGAUGGAAACCUUGAUGGACAUGUUUGGAACAGGUCAUCGAGAAUCAAACAGCUAUGAAUUGGCUUAUCAGGAUAAGGAAGGUGACUGGCUUCUGGCACAAGAUGUACCUUGGAGGAGUUUCGUUGGAUGUGCACAAAGACUGAAAUUGAUGAAGAGUAACAGAUAAAUGAGGAUAGUCAACUUUGUUUGCCAAACCUUAAAGGAAGAUAGGGAGAUGUUUACCUUUCUUUCUUUUGGUUAACUGUAUUUAAUCUAGCUUAACUUGCGUGCAAGUGUAAAAAACAUUUUAGUAUUUGCCUGACAAUAUUAAUAUGUAGUUUUUGUAUGAAAACUAUGAAUGUUUCUCACAGUUGGUUAGUAAUAUGAAUGAUAUAAUACAUAGUAAAAGUUUGUGA